ACACCGUCCUCGUUCCUAACCUCACAAUUUGACCAAGCGAACCAAACCUGUGAUUGUGAAACCAAACCAAACCAAACAUCAUCCCGCGUUAGUCUUAAGCAUCAUCAGUGCUUUAAAGUUGCAAUUAUGGCCCUAACAAAGCCCAAAUCGGAAAUGACGUCCGAGGAAUUACAGGCAAGGGAAGAGGAGGAAUUCAACACGGGGCCCCUUUCGGUACUGACGCAGUCCGUGAAAAACAACACCCAGGUGCUGAUCAACUGCCGCAACAACAAGAAACUGUUGGGAAGAGUGAAGGCGUUCGACCGACAUUGCAACAUGGUGCUGGAGAACGUGAAGGAGAUGUGGACCGAACUGCCCCGGCCUGGAAAGGGCAAGAAGAAGGCCAAGCCAGUGAAUAAGGACAGGUUUAUCUCCAAGAUGUUCCUAAGGGGCGACGCGGUGAUCAUGAUUGUUCGAAACCCCCUGGCCACCGCCAGCUAGGCUCCGAUCUUGGAUAAAUAAGUUUUAGAUGUAAGUAAGCCAAUAAACACGUUUUAUAGCCA